AUCGUUACGGGCUUACGGCCUACCCAUUUCAUCAAAGUCUGAACCCGUGUUAAAGAUUUCGGACUAUUUGAGGCGCCCACGUCCCCCCGAGUAUUCGAGCAACAUCACCCGCUCCAAAGUCCAAAUCCUCUAGGUUGCAGCAUUUUACAACCUCCAAAACAAUCAAUGAAGUAGGGACUCUUUCAUCUCGAAAUCAAUUCAUCUUGGAGUAAACGAAAUCUAGUAGGUUAGUUAUGCUUUUCAGGCCCUAUUCUGUAUCUUCUCGCUCAGCCUCGAAAAUCUCGAUACUCAAAUCUUGCAUUCAGUUUCGAGCUUCAAUUUCAAGCCUCAGAGUAGCGUGGCGGAAGGACCCCAAGCUAGACCAAGCGAUUGAGAACGACAAGCAAUGGAGGCUCAGCGCAAGGGUGGUCAGAGAGGUAUUAAACGAACCGGGUCAAGUAAUCCCACUCCGUUAUUUAGAGAAACGCCGCGAAAGGCUUCGAUUACCCAUCAAAAUCCAAACUUUCCUAUCCCGAAACCCGGGAUUAUUCGACACUUAUUCGGACCGGAUCAGACCCAAAUCCGACCCGGUUCCAUUUAUCCGCCCCAGCCGCAGGCUCAGGCAGUUCUUAGAAGACGAGAAAAGAAUUCACCUCGAAAACGAGCCGUUAAUUGUGUCUAAAUUGUGUAAAUUGUUGAUGAUGUCCAAGAACAGGGUGGUUAGUGCCGAUAAGUUGGUCGAGGUGAAGAGGGAAUUUGGGUUCCCCAGUGAUUUUUUGGUUAACUUGGUUCCGAGGUAUCCGGAAUAUUUUAGACUGGCAGGGGCUCCUGGUGAGGGAAAAUCUUAUCUAGAACUGGUGUCGUGGAAUUCGGAUUAUGCGAAAUCUGUCAUCGAGCUGAGGGCAGAGGAGGAAUCCAGGUUAACUGGGAUAAAGAUCAGGCCUUCUUUCAACUGGAAGCUUCCGCCUGGUUUCUUUAUUAAGAAGGAAAUGAGGGAAUGGGUUAGAGAUUGGUUAGAAAUCCCGUACAUUUCGCCUUAUGACGAUGUUUCGCAUUUGGAACAAUCAUCAAGAGAGAUGGAAAAGAGGAAUGUCGGAGUUUUUCACGAAAUGUUGUCGCUUUCAAUUUAUAAGAGGAUUCCAGUGCCUGUUCUGGGAAAGUUCUGUGAUGAUUAUAGGUUCUCGAAUGCAUUUACUAGUGUGUUUACUAGGCAUUCUGGGAUUUUCUACAUGUCUUUAAAAGGUGGAAUCCAGACUGCAAUUCUCAGGGAAGCUUAUAAGGGUGAGCAGUUGAUUGAUCGAGAUCCUCUUAUUGAGAUAAAAGAUAAAUUUAUUGAGUUGCUGGCCGAGGGGCAUAAGCAGAGGACUGAGCAAUUGAAGUUACAGAGAAAAAUGAUUGAGAAGGACAUGGAAUUGAUGACAAGGAAAACCGAAACGAAUUGAUUGGUGCAGAGCUGUUAAAGUUUGUGAAAAGCAUGCCAAAAUGUCUGCACUUCCUAAACUAAAGCACGCGCUAAAGAUGAUUGGAUCUGUUGGAAUACUAGAGCUGUGAAAUGACAUGAGAUGCUCUUGGACAUUUCUUUCAUAAAUCCUUGUUCAACAUCUGAACCUUGUUGGUUGGCUAACUUCAGUACUGUUCUGGCGGUAGCUUUGUUUACAAAGCCGACGAACUUGGCCCAAAGAAAAGAGUAAUCAGCGUCUUGAAAGAACACUUUUGGCAAUAUAGAGCUAGCACAUUGUUCAUUUGUUUCUGCAGUGUUCUUAUAUUUGCGGCCAACGGAAUUAUCCUUUCCUUUGAGUAAAGAUUUUUUACUACCUCGUCAUACAUUUCGGGAUGGUUUUGUUUUAUUAAUCAGGUACUUGCGGCACUUGGAAAAGGCAUUCUUGCAUUGCAGCUACCCGAGUACAUCUUUGCUUUGGGUAAGAAGUUUUGUUGAAGAACUCGUCAUCCACUCCUGGGAUGCUUUUAUUUGUAUUCGUCAGACUUGAUAGCACUCGGAGGAGGGGUGGGUGGUGCAGGGUGGCGGGAGUUAAGAUUAGAUGAUUCAGAAGCAUUGAAAUCGUGUCUCAUGGAGGAGUUGAAGCUAACAUGGAAGAUAUAAAUCUGCUGUUGUCUUCUCUCGAAUUUCCUGGUACACAAGCAGGAAGCAGAGAAAUCAGUGCCUGGUAGGGAUUUUGCCGGACUCGCUGUCUCUAAGCAUGUUCUCUUUAACAUGCAAACCAUAAUGAACUUAUUCAGCAAACAAUAUCUUUUUUGAGUUUUGGAGCUUGGUAGGAAGUUAGGAUAUUGAUUUAGAUCCAAAGUCAGCUUUUAUUCUCGUGUGUGCAUUAUGAGUUGCAAAUGCCUGUUGAAGAACCGGGUGUGGGGUUGCGAUUUCAUUUUUUUGAAAACUUAUUCUUGAUUUAUAAAUUCAUCAGCCAUGCAUACUUUCUAACC